AUGCUCGGGCAGCCACUGCUGCAUCAGCUGGAUGAUGCAGAACGAGGAGUGCACAACGGCCGCGUGAAAUCUGGACGGUUGGUCGUUUGCAAGCAGUGUGGUUCUCCUUGGUGCCGCUGUCCCCAGGGUGGCUGCCACUGCCGCCCUCUGAACCUACAGCCAAACUCCUUACCCCUGGGGCGCUUCACCUUCAAGCUCCAGAACCUUCACACGUUGGAUCACUCCGAGAAGCACUUGUUGGGGGAGGUCGUCAAGUUCGUAGGCGGAAGACUUAUCGGCCUGCAGGAACUCCUUGGCAUGAUCGAGGUGGAGAUGACGGACGCACCGGAAAAGUUGGCAUCCGCCUUGUCUUGCGCGGGCUUUCCGGCCACGUUGCAGAAGGAGCUUGUCAUGCGCGAGGCAAAGGGCGGCGCAAUCGCAGCGAUUCAGGUGGAAGGCAUGACUUGCUCUGCUUGUGUGGCUACUGUGGAAAACGCCUUGCGGGGCGUCAAAGGCGUGACCGAUGCCUCCGUGAAUCUCCUCAUGAAGAGGGCCGAAGUCACCCACCAAGGUGUGCCUGUGGAGAGCCUUCUGGAUGCCAUCGACUGCGUGGGUUUCGAUGCAGAGCUCCUGGAAGCGCGGGAGGAGUCCCCGCGGCGGCAGCAGGAGAAGCUGAUCGUGGGCAGCUUCUCCGUGGAUGGGAUGACCUGCGCAUCGUGUGUCGGGGCCGUCGAGCGGGCCAUCACAGCAGUGCAGGGCGUGGAGUCUGCAGAUGUCUCCUUGACUGCUCACAGGGCGGAGGUUCGAUUUCGUGCGCCGGCGCAGGCUGCAGAUAUCGUUUCUGCCGUGGAAGACAUCGGCUUCGAAGCCGAAUUCCGCAACGAGGUUCAAGUCUCAGCGGAGCGGAGCGAUCGGCCGUCAGAGCUGUGUGUGGCUCUGCGCGGCGGCGCCUCCGAGUCGGAACUCCGCAAGGCUGCCUCCGUUGUGCAUGGAGUGCAGGGCAUCGUGAUGCAGAAGACCGAGCAACAUGCUCGCAUCCUCUACAAUCCGUCCAAGGUCGGCGCAAGGGUUCUGCUUCGAGAGCUGCAAGGAGUGUGUGAGUACAACCAGCAUGUCGCUGACGAUCCAUCGUUGCACAUGUUGACAAAGUUGCGAAGCCGCUUUUUCCUGUCGCUGGCGCCCACUGUGCUGAUUGUCUUACUUGCCGAAGAUUUCUGGCCGGAUGCCUGGGACAAUACUGUGGACGGCAUACCGUUUGCCUUCCUGUAUCUCAUCCUUCUCUCGGGGUUUGUCCAGUUCUGGUGCGGGCACGUCUUUCACUCCUCGGCGCUCUCGGCGCUGCAACACGGGGCAACGACCAUGAACACGUUGGUCUCGUUGUCCACUACGAUGUCAUUCCUCUAUGGUGCUGCCGGCGGCCUUUACGACGCUGCAUUCAGCAGCAUCAGCUUUGACAUGCACAUGGCGGCCAUGUUUUGCGAGACAAGUUCGGUCUUGAUUUCGGUGCUUCUCGGAGGCCGCUUGCUGGAAAUCUUGGCCAAGACUCGGACAACUUCGGCAGUCAAGCAGAUUUCGGCCAAGAGGCCGGAAUACGCUCGCCUCUUAGAAGAGCCCGGGGAUACGGAGACGAACGUCAGAUACGACCUAUUGCAGAUUGGCGAUCUUCUUCGGGUGCUGCCGGGGGACGUGGUGCCGGUGGACGGGGAAGUCCUGACUGACUGCAUCGCGUUCUGCGAUGAGUCUCUGCUCACCGGCGAGUCCGUGCCAGUGAAGAAGGUGAAGGGUAGCCAGGUCGUAGGUGGCUCCGCUGUAGUGCAGACCGGUUUCGUCAUGAAGGCUAGCAGUGCUGGCAACUCCACCACCUUAGCUCGGAUCUUGCAGCUUGUGGAGGACGCGCAGACACGCCGACCAACAGUUCAACGAACAGUUGACCUGUUGGCAUCCUACUUCACGCCACUGGUCCUCACCAUCUCCCUGGCGACCUUCGUCGUUUGGCUGCUGCUAACCACCUCUGGGGCAGUGGACGUCGGCACGUCCGGCAUCACCUUCGCGAUCACCAGGGCCGUCAGCGUUCUGGUCAUCGCUUGCCCUUGCUCUUUCGGCCUCGCAACGCCUACGGCGGUGAUGGUGGCCACGGGGGUGGCCGCGCAGCACGGCUGCCUCGUCAAGGAUGCUGUGGUUUGGGAGAAGGUCGGCAGGCUGACCCAAGCAGUCCUCGACAAGACCGGCACCCUGACCAAGGGGGAACCAGAGGUCGUUGCUGUGGCUUUGCUGCCAGGUGGUGCAAAUCGCCCUUCCCAAACUACAACAUGCCUGCCAACAACCGGAUCGGCCUCUGCUUCCUGGCCCAGCGAUGCCACCCAGGCAGCCGCAUCUGCAACACGUGCGGUGAAGCAGACAGACUGCCUUGGGAUUCAGGUUGACAAGACCGAGAUGGUAGCUGUCGUCGGAUGGCUGCUCCGUGCCGUGGAAGCCAACAGCGAGCAUCCACUUGCCAAGGCCCUGCUUCGUUGGGCCGAAUCCACCUCAACCGGUCCGGCUGCCGCUGCCCGUGCGGCCGCGCACGUGCCGGGGCAAGGUGUGAGCUGUCACAUCGAUCCUUUGGGAACGGUUCGCUGCCAAAGCCUUGCAGCGUGGCAGGAGCCAGAUGCCCAACAGUGGCAAUGGGCGGAGAAGCAGCAAGAAGACGGCUGCGUAGUGGUGGUCCUGCAAGUUGAAGACCGCGCAGUGGCCCUCCUGGCCAUUCGUGAUGAAGUGCAGGAAGCAGCGGCGGAAGUUGUAAUGGGCCUCCAAAGUCGAGGUCUGGAGGUUUGGAUGUGCACCGGCGACCAGCCACGUACGGCCCACGCAGUGGCGAGGAGAGUUGGCAUCCACAAGGAUCGGGUGUUGGCGGCGUGCCUGCCCGAUGCGAAAUCCAAGCUCGUCCAAGACCUGUCUCAGACGGAAGAGGUGCUGAUGGUGGGCGACGGACUCAACGAUGCUGCUGCACUCGCUGGCGCAUCGAUAGGUGUUGCCAUCGGUGCCGGAGCCCAUGUAUCUGUUGAGUCUGCCCACGUCGUCCUGAUGGGCUCCAGGCUGUCAGAUCUGCCGAUCUUCCUGGAUUUGGCAGCGGCCACGAUGCGCACCAUCUACCGGAACUUUGUCUGGGCGCUGGGCUUCAACCUCCUAGGGCUGCCCCUGGCAGCUGGGUGUGGCGAGGCAUUUGGCAUUUCUUUGCCACCAGUCGCAUGCGGUGCGGCGAUGGCUUGCUCUUCCGUGCUAGUCGUGUCUUCUUCUUUGCUUCUUGGGCUCUGCCAUCGUGUUCCACGAGGCCAAAAACCGUGA